AUGCAAAUCUCAACAAUUCUCGCAGUUCUUGCGGGCACGGCGCCUGUGCUGGCUGCAAUCUACCGCGAGGGAAACACCUGCACAGUGACGCCACAAGGGGCAGCGACAAUUAAACGGCGAUCGCCCGCACCAGAGCCAGCCGCAGCGCCGGGGCCACAGCCAGAACCGGUCUCUGACUAUAUUCCCGAGCAAAAUAUAGCCCAUGAACAGUAUCCGACCGACCGCACCGAUGCGCCGACGCCCACGUCCGUCAUCUACAACGAGGUGUAUCCGCGUCCGGAGCCGGGCAGCGACGGCGCGCGUCGAUACGACCGCAAAGCGGCGGCAGUUUCCGAGUCGAUAGCAGCGGCACGACAGGCAUCGGCGUCGGCGUCGGCGGCUGCCGCCAAGGCGCUUGCUUCGGCCAAAGCGAAAGGCUUCGCGGGUCAUGGCAGCCGGGGUCCGCUGAAUGCACGCGACACAGACACCCUGGCGAGCACGGAAGGCACCGGGGAGCGUGCCACAUUCGAUGCCGCGGCGCCCGACGAUACGCCGCAGAUUUUGGCCGCGUUCAAGCAGUGCGGCCACGACGGGCGCAUUGUGUUCUCCGAGGGCACGUACAACAUCCGGCAGGUCAUGAACACGACCGACCUGCGCAACUGUGACAUUGACAUCCUCGGCACGUUUGUGUGGAGCGGCGACAACAUCCCGUACUGGCUAACGCACAGCUACUCGGUGACCUAUGCGGGACGGUCGACGGCGUGGUUGCUGGGCGGGACGAACGUGUCGAUGCGCGGGUACGGCAAGGCGCUCUUCAACGGCAACGGGCAGACCUGGAUCGACCAGAACCACGGGCAGAGCAACCAGAACGGGCGGCCCAUCAGCCUGACAAUCUGGCACGGCACCAACAUUUUCAUCGAUGGCAUCACAUGGCGCAUGUCGCAGUUCUGGCACACGUUUGUGGCGCACAGCCAGAAUGUGACGAUGACGAACCUGGACAUGGACACGCACAGCAGCAACUCGAAUUCGGCGGUGAACACGGACGGCACGGACACCUGGAAUUCGUGCGAUGUUGUGAUUUCGAACUGGACGGUGAAAUGCGGAGACCCCGACUACGUCGAGAACGUUCUCUUUGAGAACAUUACCUGCCACCACUCGUCCAACGCCGCCUGGAUCAAGACGUACCCAGGCACGGGCCAUGUGCGGAAUGUCACCUUCAAGGACAUUGUCGUCGACAACGUCGACCAGCCCAUCUAUGUCACGCCCUGCAUCUACUCGGGCAACGGCUGCGACAGCUCUCGCCUGACGAUUUCGGACGUCACCUGGAAGAACGUCACCGGCACAAGCCGAUACAACGUCGCCGUCGGCAUCCACUGCUCGUCAGGGGCACCCUGCACGGGCUUUCAUUUCGAAGACAUCGACAUCAAGCCCGUCGCGGGCGGCACUGCUAAAGUGCUGUGUUCCAACAUCAAGAACCAGGCGACCUCGGGGUUGACGUGCACUGAGACGUGUCCGGCCAAUUGGCCGCAGCAGUUGAGGGGAAACCGAUAG